GUUACCAUCUUUUUCCUGUCUCUGUUGAAUUUUUUGGUUUUUUUUAAAGCCACCUCCUUUUGCAAGCUGUAAGCCUCUAAUUGAGCGAGAACGAGCUUUUUGGAACUUCCUUAAUUUCCCCCCUCCGCAGCUCUGAACUCAGAAGCACAAGCUUAUCCUUCUUUGCUUUUAGCAAAAUCCACGAACAAGUUUCGCCCUUCUAUCAUCUGAUAAUGUUGUUAAACUUUUAGCUGUUUCCCCCCCUCUCCCUCGUUUUUGAAUUUGUGACCCCUCAAGAUCAAACGAAACAGCAAAGUUAGGAAAACUCAACCAUGGCGCCGUCCUUUGAUUUAUGGGCAAAAGGCAGCCAUAAAGGAACCCCGGUGGUCGUCAAAAUGAAAAACCCAAACUGGUCAAUUGACGAGGUCGAGGGUCUAUCGGACGACGAUUUCCUCAUCGACAACACCCCAACCGGUGCUCGAGAAAAAGCGCGCAACAAAAACGCCAAGCAACUCACUUGGGUUCUCCUCUUAAAAGCCCACCGCGCUGCUGGUUCCUUAACCUCCAUUGCGUCCACAUUCGUCGCUCUCGGUUCAGUCAUCCGUGGCCGAGUCGCCUCCGGUCGAACCGACGCCGACAACAAUUCCUCUAACGAAAACAAAACCGUUAAAACCAGGUUAUAUAACUGCAUCAAAGUGUUCCUUUGGUUGUCUUUACUGUUACUCGGUUUCGAGAUUGCCGCGUACUUUAAAGGCUGGCAUUUUGGUGCCCCAAAGCUUCAAUUGCAGUACGUUUUUACUUCGCCGUAUGGUGUUAGAAACUUGUUCGAUUUGUUGUACUCUCGCUGGGUUCUGAUUCGGGUGGAGUAUCUCGCUCCCCCUCUUCAGUUCCUAGCUAAUGUCUGCAUUGUGCUCUUCCUUAUCCAAAGCUUGGAUAGGUUAAUCCUCUGUUUGGGUUGCUUUUGGAUCCGUUUCAAAAAAAUAAAGCCAAUUCCCAAACAAGGCGCUCUUGCAGAUCUUGAAUCUGGGGAAAAUGGUUUCUUCCCAAUGGUUCUCGUUCAGAUCCCUAUGUGUAACGAAAGAGAGGUUUACCAACAAUCGAUUGCUGCAGUUUGUAAUUUGGAGUGGCCGAAAUCGAAAAUUUUGAUUCAAGUUUUGGAUGAUUCCGACGAUCCAACAACUCAGCUACUUAUUAAAGACGAGGUGCAUAAAUGGCAACAAGAAGGUGCCAACAUUGUAUAUCGGCACCGAAUAAUCAGAGAUGGUUAUAAAGCUGGUAAUCUUAAGUCCGCCAUGGGUUGUAGUUAUGUUAAAGACUGUGAAUUUGUUGCCAUUUUCGAUGCUGAUUUCCAGCCUACCCCUGAUUUUCUCAUACGAACCGUUCCCCACUUUAAGGAUAAUGAGGAUGUAGGAUUGGUUCAGGCAAGGUGGUCAUUUGUGAAUAAGGAUGAAAAUUUACUAACAAGAUUGCAAAAUAUAAAUUUAGCCUUUCACUUUGAGGUAGAGCAACAAGUGAAUGGUGUUUUCAUUAAUUUCUUCGGGUUUAAUGGGACUGCCGGAGUUUGGAGGAUUAAGGCUUUGGAGGAUUCCGGUGGGUGGUUGGAAAGGACAACAGUCGAGGACAUGGAUAUAGCUGUCCGAGCUCAUCUUCAUGGAUGGAAAUUCGUUUUUCUCAAUGAUGUGGAGUGUCAGUGUGAGCUUCCUGAAUCCUAUGAAGCUUAUAGAAAACAACAGCACAGAUGGCAUUCUGGACCUAUGCAGUUAUUUCGGCUCUGUUUGCCGGAUAUUAUCCGUGCUAAGAUUAGUGUAUGGAAGAAAUUCAACUUGAUCUUUCUGUUCUUUCUGCUUCGAAAACUGGUGCUACCGUUUUAUUCGUUCACUCUAUUCUGCAUAAUUCUCCCAAUGACCAUGUUUGUCCCAGAGGCUGAGCUUCCAGCAUGGGUUGUCUGUUACAUCCCUGCUACAAUGUCGUUCCUCAACAUCCUUCCGGCACCGAAAUCCUUCCCAUUCAUUGUUCCUUACCUUCUUUUCGAGAAUACCAUGUCAGUGACGAAGUUCAAUGCUAUGAUAUCCGGUCUUUUCCAACUUGGCAGUGCAUAUGAGUGGGUUGUUACAAAAAAAUCGGGCCGAUCAUCGGAGGGUGAUCUUGUUUCCUUGGUCGAGAAAAAGCCAAAACACGAUCGUGUUGGAUCAGAACCCAAUCUCGAGGAAAUGAAAGCUGAUCUGGAGCAAGAAAAAGAACAAAAGGCCAAGAAAAAGAAGCAUAAUAGGAUAUAUAGGAAGGAACUGGCUCUCGCAUUCCUUCUUCUAACAGCUUCAGCUAGGAGCCUCCUGUCUGCACAGGGUAUCCAUUUCUAUUUCUUGCUGUUUCAAGGGAUAUCCUUCCUUCUGGUCGGUCUAGACUUGAUUGGUGAGCAGAUUAUGUGAAGGACAGAUUAGGGGCUUCUGUAGCAAGUCAUGGAUGAUAAAAAUCCGGGCAAAGCCGGUGGAUAUCGAAUCCACUUAUGACUGCAAAAUGAUCUUCUACUCUCUACAUUCCGACCACAAUUCCACCCACAGUAUAAAGAUAAAAUGGUGUUUGCAUGGACACCAGAAUAGCCUCCGUUUUGAACAUAGGCAUACUUGAAAUUUGUGAUACUGUUCAGUGUAUGUAGCAAGGUUUUCCCUCUCUUUUUUAUUCUUUUGGUUUUAUGCCGAUUCUUUUGUAAGGAGAAAAAAUUGUUGCUCAAACUUCAAAAAGGAAUUUAAUAAGUUACAGUUUCAAUUC